CGCUUAAUAUCUUUAUUUUUAUAGACUAGGCAGUGUAGAGUAUAUUCUGUGCCAAAAGCAAGCAUUUAUUCUCUAGUGUCAUGUUUAUAGACCUCAUCAGAGCGAUGUGAUUGUGGUAAGGUUCACACAUCUGAAAGCUCUCCAGCUGCAGACCUGGGUUCAUUACACACGUGUGUGUUCACUGCCAGGAACUACGAAGGGUUUGACUUCCCUGGACUCUGUUAUUGCAGCAUCAAAAGGUCUUGAUUGUUCAUGAAUAAUUAAAGCUUGGGGUCAGAUUAUUACUGUUAUACACACCGCUGGCACCGUGUCCAUCUCUAGACAAACCGUUAAAGAUCAGACCGUGCACGGUGCUCCUGAAGGGCUCUGUUGAGAGCUGUAAGACUACACGUCCUGCUUCUGGACCGAUGGAGCGGUCACUCAAAUAUUCAUCAUGUUCCAAGGGCUCUAGUUUCGUGAGGGACGCAGUGUGCUUCCAGGAUAAAUCCAGUCUGUGUCAGAGACCAUCAGGUGAAGGAUCUCGAGCGUUAGCGCUGUAGUUCAGUUUUCAGAGGACAUCUGAAUCAUGAAGACCGUGGUAAGUACAAUAAAUGAUCUAUCUGAAUUACAGAGCUCUGCACAUCUGUCCAGGAGACACUAACUAACAUAAAAGUGAUUAAUUCUGUGUAAAAUGAUAAACGGAUUAAAGGAUUUGAGCUCUUUAUAUGAUUUGACUUCUCAUGCCAAGCCACAAAUCCUUGUAGACCGCAAGCUGUUAGAAACUGCAUCAUAAAUGCCCCAAAUACACCAGUGGAAUCUACUACUUUCAGCUCGACCUGAGGAUGAGCGAGGCGCGUGUGCUGGGUAAUCUGGAGGAUCCUUCUGUUUCUGGAUGGAGAUCCUGAUCUGUUGAGGAUGCUCGGUGUGCUGGUGUUACUCGUGUCUUUCCUCCUGGUGAGGAGCUCCAAGCUCUGCCCUCGUCAGUGUUUGUGUUACGAUGCGUCUGAACUGGUGGACUGUGGAUCCCGAGGGUUCACACACGUUCCCCGCAGUAUUCCACACGGCACGCAGCUCCUGGACCUCAGUGGGAAUGAUCUGUGGGAGCUGAGGAGCGGAUCCUUCACUGGGACGAGGGUUCUCCAGGUGCUCCUGCUCUCACAGAGCCACAUACAGCUGCUGCGCUCCAAGGCGCUCUCCUCUCUGACCUUCCUGGAAAAGUUGGACCUGGCUUACAACGAGCUCCGUGUCCUUCCUCCAGAUUUCUCUCAAGGCUUGACCGCUCUUAAAGAUCUCCAGCUUUCCCACAAUGCUCUGCAACGCCUCGAGUCCCGCUCCUUGGAGGACCUAGAGAGUCUGGAGAGGUUGGAUCUCAGUCACAACCACGUUCAGGUUAUCGAAGCUGGUGCAUUUCGUGGUCUCUCCGUGCUGAAGCUGCUUAACCUCUCCUGGAAUCAGCUCACAGUCGUGCAGCGAGGUCUGCUCACCAUGCAACAGAGUCUGCGAGUUCUCCUCCUGGACCACAACAAUAUCUCCAAGAUCGAAACCCAAGCUCUGGCCCCCUUACACACCCUCACACUUCUGAACUUAGAAGCCAACCAGUUGAGCAGCCUGAAGUUCAAGACGUUGUUAAACCUCCAGACGGCCAGCACACAUCUGCAGAUGUCGGAGAACCCCUGGACAUGCGACUGCGAGUUACAUCGCGUCUUCAGUAAGAUUCUCCACGUCAGGCAUCUCCACGUGGACGAUUACAUGAACCUCACGUGCCAUGCUCCGCUGUCUCUGGGUGUGAUGCACAGUCAGCUGUGUGUGGCAGAAACGGCCACUGUCCUGCUCAUUACAGGAGCCGUGAUGGUCACUGUGGUGGCGGCUCUGGUCAUGGCAGAACGCAAGCAAAAUCAGAAGAUGAACCUGGAAAAAUAAGGAAAUUAUCCUAUGCCUUGGGAGUCUCCCAAACGAAGAAAGGAGUCAGCAAGAGUCUUAUUUAACACAAGAGCUCUUCAUUUGUGCAGAUUAUUAAGUACUUAUCUACAGUCAAACCAGAAAUCAUUCAGACACCAGAUAUCUGUAUUUAUUUUAUUACUAGUGCAGGACACUAAAACUCAUUCAUGUAUUCAUGCAGUGGAUUAACAGUAGAAUACAGGGCCAGAAAUUAUUCAGACACUCAAAUCUAAAGUACUUUCCAUAUAAAGUUACUAACUUAAUUUGUUACUUUUUUAAGGAAGCAGCACAAUAUCGCUUUAGUGCAUUACCUUUAAAAGUAACUUUUCCCAACACUGUUUAAUCGUGUUUAAUUUUUCGGAGGAAAGUUGUGUGAAGCUGAAAUUGUGGGACGUUGAAAUCAUGUGACCAUUGUGUAGUUUAUUUAUUUCUAGGUUUAGCUUUCUGGCGACUGUAUUUAGGCUUAAACAUUUAUAAAAGUUGUGUUUGUGUGGAUCAUCAUGAUGAACUAAACAUACAGGAAGCAGAAACGCUCCUGUGAUAGCCGUGGCUCUGGAGAACAUCCUCACCUGCAGCGGUUAUCAGUGAAUCUACACGGUCCACACUGCCUCAAGCUGCGGAUGAUGGACACUCCAGAAAACCAUCCCCUGACCGCUGUAUUAUGAUCAGACAGAUAUUACUGCAGAUAUAUAACAUUAUAUCACAGAUGGCUAAUGAUUUCCAUUAGCAGUCAGAGGCACAGAUUAAUAGGAAGAUCAACUUAGGCAAGUCAUUUGCUUAAAAAUCAUAUCUUAAUUUAGAUGUUAACAAUCCAUCAAGCAAUGGUGUGAGUCAAGAGAGGGCCAAACCUGCAUCUCAUCACUCCUGUCCUAAACAGCUUAGGACAAUGUGUAUCAGUUGUAUUCUAGAUUUGACCAGCUUCUUUACCUGUUCUUUAAAUGAAGCUUCGUUAUCAUCACGUUAAACAUGCUGAUGCACGAAUGCAGUUUAAACACAAGCGCGCGAGUGUGAAGGGGAUUUGUUACAUUGUUGCAUGUCACGUGUUUAUUUGUUCGAACCGCGAACAGCAUCAACAGAAGCUGAACCGAGUCAGAAUAAAAGCUCCGAGAAGAGAGAAAAACCUCAGAGAUGUUUUGCUGGUUACAGCAGCCAUGACUCCGGAUCACCUUCUUCCUAGGGUUAGUGAACGAAUCGUUCUUUUGAGUCGAUUCCUUGAAUGGAUCAUAAGAGCGAUUCGUCUUCGAACUCGAGCGUAAAAGAUGCAAACAUUUUACAAAUUACACUUUUGUUCUAAACUUCAUUGUUUUCUUUCAGAUGGAGAAAUUGAACAUUGUACAAUUUUAAUGCAAUUUUAAAUACAUUUUUGUAGCUUUCUUACUCAAAGAUUCUUAAAGACUGCAUAUAGUUCAGUCAACAAAACCUUUUUACGAGUAAACUUGCAUGUAUGAUUGUGAAAUCUGGUCAUAAAUAUAAAUACGUUGAAUAAAAGCGUUUUACAUACUCUUUUGAUCAUUUUAAGUAAAAGUAGAUUUUGCUGUAAAACGAAAGAGGUCUUGAAUACUGGAUAUUUUUAUUGGUAAAUGUCUGUACUUUACGCCUCAAUAUAACUGAAUAAGUACAAUAUCGAUUCAAUAAUAACAUUUGGAAAACGAGUUCCAACAAGGACGUAAAGACGUCAUGAAGUAAGAAUUGUGAAUCAACUAUUUGAACCGGUUCAUUAAAACGAACCGUUCAAAAGAACCGGAUCGCGGGAAUGAUUCGUCUUUCAGGAGCCUUGUUGGCAAACACUGACAGUGAGUCAUAAAGAGUUUCUCCUCCAGGGGGCGCAUGCUGCAGCAGAGAGCCUCCAGAGAAGUGUUUACUCAACAGAUCAACUGAUUGAUUCAUUUCAAGUUAUUUCAGUUUGACGACCCAAAAUACAAUUAUUUAGUUAUACUUCUGUAAUCGGUCCACUCAGAUGAUGGCUUUUAAAAGUGACAUCAUACGACGAUUCAGUUCUUGUGCUACUAACUUUAGCAGUAAUGAAUACCUUUUAAAAAAUCUAAUAUUGACACUGAGAAACAGCUGAUUUUAAAUGCACUGAAAAACGCACUGUUAACCUAGGAAUAAUAAUAAACAAUAACAACUAUAUUAUAACACUAAACAUAAAUGAAUAAAUACAUUAAAAUCUAAAAAAACGAUGCAAUGAAGUACAACAUUCAAAAUGCAGGUAAAACACAUUUAGUUUUUCUCUCACUGCCUCAGAGAUAAGUGGAAAUGCUUUUAG